AUACAGUUUGUCUUUAUGGAGGACUAUGAUGUGGACAUGUAUGUGGAAGAAGAGAGAGAGGUAUUCAUGAGACAGGCCACAAUGGGCCAUUGGUGGGAGGACUGCGGAGAUGAUGGCAACUGUGACAUUCAACAACAGAAAGCGGGAAGAGGCUGCAUGGUAAACAGCCGCAGCUGGGCCGAAGAGCUCCAGGAUAUCUUUACACCACAGGCAGAAGACUGUCACACUGGAGGGCGAACCAGACUUGCCAGCAUCUCUGCCCAGAGGAAUGAGCGAGAGUCCAUCAGGCAGAAACUGGCCCUUGGCAGUUUCUAUGACGACGAGCCAGUCAUCUACACCAGCUGCAGCAAGAACGGCCCAUCCUCCCGUCUGCAGAGUGGGGUGAACUUGCAGGUGUGUUUUGUUAACGACAGCAGCAGUGACAAAGACAGUGAUGCGGAGGACAGCAGGACAGAGACCAGUCUGGACACGCCGCUUUCACCUGUGAGCAAGCAGAGCUCGUCAUUAUCGGACCGAGACACGGCGGAGGAGGACUCAGACCCAUUAGAUGACUGCGGCGGGUUCUGGCGGGUGCAGCGGAGGCUGCAGGAGGAGGCCCGGGUGGCGCUGGCUCUGGCUCGACCCAUGGCCCGCAUGCAAGUGGAAGUGGAGAGGCAAAUCCAACUGCACAGACGUUCACCUGUGGCUGACUUGCUCCCCCAUCUGCCCCACAUCAGCGAGGGCUUGAUGAAGAGGAAUCUGAGGAGAGGGGACAUGAGGGACAUGAGUCUAGGACAGCUGCAAGUCAUCACAAAUGACUUACACUCACAGAUUCAAAGUCUUAAUGAGGAGCUGGUACAGUUGCUGCUGCUGAGGGAUGAGCUACAUGUGGAGCAGGACGCCAUGCUGGUGGACAUAGAGGACCUCACCAGGCAUGCUCACAGCCAUCAGCGGCACCAGGCAGAGAAAGCCAUCUCUAAAUAAAAACACCCCUGUCUACACGUGUGUUCGUCUGCACGCCAUUUUACCUCCUGCUCCAUGGACUGUCACCAGUAUUACUAAUGAAACUCCAUCCGUGCUGACUGUGUCUGGAGAAAUGAAUAUGCCAUAUACAGUAGUAUUAAAACAGGCACACUCGUAAUGUAUUGCACCAGAGGAUGUUCUGGAAGGACAGAGGACCUGAAAUCUGAGUCAUCACCACUUUCAGUAAGGACACAGUUAAGUUUGUGCAGGGUUUUCACUUUAACUCAGCAUGAUUAAUCAUGCCAUAUUUCAUAGAAUUAGGGGAAUCCUCUCAACUUAAUUCCAUCCCUAGCCCUGAUUUAUCUCUUCAUGAUUUUGCACGGUACACUCAUGUAUGUUAAUGCCGGGUUGGAGAGAGCGCCUGUCCACGUUGUUUCUCCCUUGUCUCAAAAAAAGAUGCUGACUUCUCGGGGGCCACUCCUGACUGAACUGAGAUUCAAUUAACGUUGUCUUUUGUUUAUGUCUAUAAUAAUCAAGAGGAUUGAUCAGUUCAUCUGUAGACACGCUCUGUUCACCUGUUCAUCAUUUCUUUCACUUAGAGCACUGUGUCGUCGCCGUUUAACGCUGGAAUUCACUAUUAAGCACCUACUAUCUAAGCUGUUGCAAUAGAAAAUUAUAAACACUGUUCUUAUUUGCAGUUUGGCUUCACAGUGGUGUUUAAAUGCUGCAGCAGCUUCACAGGGCCCCUCUUGCAAGGAUCACUUAGACACAAAAUUGGAUGUAACUUGAUAGCUGCUAUGGUUUCCACCUGCUUUAAAGAUGCAUUCAGGGCCUUUCUGGAUAAUAUUUUGCUACUUUAUUCAAAUUUGCAUUUGUCUGAUGACAAAAAUCAUAAGAUGUGGGUUAAAUAGGUAUAUAUUGGUUAAUACAUAGGGACAGAAAAGCAAAAGUGAAGGCAUGUUGACAUGAAUAAAAAUAUGCAAAAUAAUUUUUAUGUGCAAUUUACUAAUGCUAAGAAAAGGGUAAAUAUAAACAUGUAAAACAAAUAUAUGAAUAAAUCACAGCCUAAACAUAUCUAUUUUAUCUGUUCAGAAGAUUUAUGGACAUUCUAAAUGUACAUGUUAAAAUAUACUUUAUUAAAAGGAUGAAGAAUAUGCCUUGUUGUCUGGCAGUGUUUAAGUGUUUUCACUCACCUUUUUAAGAAUGUAACUGAACACAAAGUUAAACUUUCUUUUUCUAUUGAACGCUUCAUUGAUAAAUGUACUGUAUAAUGAUUGUUAAAAAAAGAAUUCCAGUAAUAAAUGUUUCAAAUGAG